AUGCCCAGCGAUCUCGACAGGCAAAUAGACCAGCUUACACGAUGUGAACCCAUAUCCGAGGAACAGGUCAAACGGCUUUGCUUCAAGGCCCGUGAGAUCCUAAUAGAAGAAGCAAAUGUCCAGGUCGUGGACUCUCCUGUGACGAUCUGCGGCGAUAUCCAUGGGCAGUUCUUUGAUCUUAUGGAAUUAUUCAAGGUAGGCGGGUUUUGCCCGGAGACGAACUACCUUUUCAUGGGUGAUUUCGUGGAUCGCGGCUUCUACAGUGUUGAAACGUUUCUGCUCCUCCUGGCCCUCAAAGUCCGCUAUCCAGAACGAAUUACGUUAAUCCGGGGCAACCACGAGUCACGACAGAUCACACAGGUAUAUGGGUUCUACGACGAAUGUCAGAGAAAAUAUGGCAGUACCAACGUGUGGAGAUGGUGUUGUGAGGUGUUCGACUAUCUCGCGUUGGGCGCGAUCGUGGACGGCAGAGUUUUCUGUGUCCAUGGCGGACUGAGUCCAAACCUGCAGGCCAUUGAUCAGAUACGCGCUAUUGAUCGAAAACAGGAAGUCCCCCAUGAUGGUCCAAUGUGUGACCUCCUUUGGUCCGAUCCAGACGAUAUAACUGGAUGGGGCCUAUCUCCGCGGGGCGCUGGCUUUCUUUUCGGCGCUGACAUUACCAAAACCUUCGCGCACCAUAAUUCUAUUGACCUCAUCGCCCGGGCCCAUCAAUUGGCCAUGGAAGGAUAUAAGCUCAUGUUUGACAACAUGAUAGUGACGGUGUGGAGCGCACCGAAUUACUGUUAUCGGUGUGGUAAUGUAGCUUCGAUUCUCGAGCUAGAUGAACGCCUUGCUCAAGAAUACAAAGUUUUUCAACAUGCGCCCUCGGAUGUACGCUCUAUCCCGGCAAAACGACCUCCUGCGGACUACUUCCUUUGA